CAACCUUCUUUCCAUUUAUUUCCUCUCCUUUCAGAGUUCUUUCUUUUCAGAAAUGGCUUUAUUUGCCUUCUCCAAAACAACUCUCAUCCUCUCUGUAGUUCUGUUCAUCAGUUGCACUUUCGCUCACGAUUUCUCGAUCGUGGGAUACUCAUCCGACCACUUGGCCUCAAUGGAUAAAACCAUUGAGUUGUUCGAGUUGUGGAUGUUGAGGCAUAGUAAGACUUACCGGAGCAUUGAAGAGAAGCUCCACCGGUUUGAGAUAUUCAUCGAUAAUUUGAAGCAUAUCGAUGACACAAACAAGAAGGUUUCUAGCUAUUGGUUGGGGCUGAAUGAGUUUGCAGACCUGAGCCAUGAAGAGUUCAAGAGCAAGUAUUUGGGAUUGAAUGUAGAGUUUCCAAGACAAAGAUCAGCUAGUGGAUUUCGUUACAGAGACGUGGAAGAAUUGCCCGAGUCGGUCGACUGGAGAAGCAAAGGAGCUGUUACUCCAGUCAAGAACCAAGGCUCAUGUGGGAGCUGCUGGGCAUUUUCAACAGUGGCAGCAGUAGAGGGGAUAAACCAAAUUGUCACAGGAAAUCUAACGUCCCUAUCCGAGCAAGAGUUGAUUGAUUGCGAUCGAAGCUUUAACAAUGGCUGCUAUGGUGGUCUAAUGGAUUAUGCCUUUCAAUACAUAAUGUCAAACUCUGGACUUAGAAAGGAGGAGGACUACCCAUAUCUAAUGGAGGAAGGAAGAUGCAUUAAAAAGAAGGAACAAUUUGAGGCAGUAACCAUUAGCGGUUAUGAAGACGUACCUGUAAACGACGAACAGAGUCUCCUAAAAGCACUGAGUCACCAGCCUGUCAGUGUAGCCAUUGAAGCUUCCGGCAGAAAUUUCCAAUUCUACAAAGGGGGUAUAUUUACAGGUCGCUGUGGAACUGAAAUGGAUCAUGGUGUCACAGCGGUCGGGUAUGGUUCUUCCGAGGGAACAGAUUACAUUAUAGUAAAGAAUUCAUGGGGACCUGGAUGGGGAGAAAAUGGAUAUAUUAGGAUGAAGAGAAAUACGGGGAAACCUGAAGGGCUUUGCGGAAUCAACCAAAUGGCUUCUUAUCCAACCAAAAAUAAGUAAUCCAGUGAAGCUAAUUCUCCAUAUUGUUUUAGAACUUUGAUACUCUUCUUUUUUCCUCCAUAUUCCUCCUUCAACAUUGAUUGAGAUAUCUAUGUAACAUUUCUAUUACCUUUGAUCAAUAAAACAACCAAAUUAGAAA